UGAGGGUGGAGGCCAUUAAUGACUUCUGAUUUCUCGAGCUCGAGCCAAAAACGAGACGAUUUAACUGGAGGCGGUCACGGUCUGCGGCUGCUGAGCCAAGAGUUAACCGUAACGGUGAAGCUCGAGGGUAAAUUCCUGCUCCCAGCCGCCCUGACCGCGACGGUACGCAGACAGAGACGGGCCGCCCCACCGUUUACCUCCGGCCGCCUGAUUAUUUCCACCGCAACUGUCUGAUCAGCGGCGGCAGGACUCGAACCGCUUCCGCCGAAUUCCGUCGUGGUUCUGCGGUCUUUUUCCCCCUCGCCCAAGCGUUAAAGGAUCCGAGCCAGUAGUGCCGACUCGGUAGAGCAUCGCCGCGAUUUCCGGAGCUUAUUCAACUCCAAACGUGGGUGAGAUCAUCAAUCGCGGUUGAAGACCAGGAAAAACGCGAUAUCGCGAAGGUUUUUUCUCUUCUUUUUCCCCUUUUUCCAGUCCCCCCGCUCCGGUUUCAUAAUAAGGCGAGGAGUCGCUUUCGCGUUGAUAUUGAUCUCCCUAAGCGGUCGUGUCGCUCACCGACGCUUGGACUUCCCAAAAGAGAAAAUCGAGUGGCUCGCUGCUUGUUUCGUCUCCGAUUUCUGGACUGUUCUUGUUUUUAAAGGAGUCGCUUUCUUUUGGCUUUGCUUCUGGUGAGACCUUGUGUUUUACUCCGUGCUUUCGGGCUACAAGUAGCUCUCCGGAGUGUUACGGAUUGUCGGCGGCUUCAAUUCCCUUCUUUUAUGUGUUCCCCCGGUAGAGCGAUCGAUAGAUCCCAAAAUCUAUAGCAACCUACUCUCUGGAGAGUAGUCGAUCGGGAAGUUGCUUCAGAUCGGCUUUUGGAGAUCCUGACGGUCAGAGUGCCGGAUUUUCACAGUCUCGCGGCCUUCGAACUUGUCGGACAUUGAGACAUCGACUGUCAGAUGAGCUUGUUUCCUUAUGAGAUCUGCUGAAGUGUUACAGCUUAGAAAAUGUCGGGUUCACUUAGCUCUCUUGCUGCUUGAAUGCCGUAGAUCGGGAGCUAUCUGCGUUUGGAGUUCCAGAAUCUGAGAAAUCCUGAUUGCUUUGGUUCUUCAACCAGGCGUUGCGCUCAAAACGCCGUCUGUCGAAGAAUUUCUCUGCUUUGGCGACGAGAUUAACCUGUUCCAUUUUCCAUUAACUUUUCCCGAUAUCUGGCCAACAGAGUAGACCGGAGAGUCCUCUGUUUCGAGGUACGCAAGCCUACGAAAUAGUAUCGCCUGUCCGCUCUUCAACUCUGGCGCGAUCUGUUCGUCCGAACUUGAAAUCUGAACCGUCCAUUUCCGUCCAAUCUUUUCUUCGAUUAUCUCCUUUGUCCCGGCUGCAAAAAAGGUGCAUCUUUUCACCGAUCCGGUCGUAAAGAUAAGAGUCAGAUUCACGCGGAAUCGCGUCCUGAUCUCUCUCUAUUUCUCUCUCUCUCAUCAAGUAGCUCCUAAAUUGUAGCUCCUGGUGAAGUGCUCCAGCAGUUACAGCUCGGCUUCUUUAGAUGAACUACUCGUUUCCCAUGCACUCUCAUGCCGCCCUCAUGAUUCUUUGUUAAAAGGGUGCCCCUUUUCCUGAUAUGCUCUCUCUUUUCCUUCGACCUUUAUUAAAGAGCCGACAGUCUUGAGGGAGAAUCCCAUUUCUUGUUCGCGGUCACAGAAGCCCAAAAAAUCCGGACCGUCUCCGGAGUUCCGUCCGAUAGCAACCCAAAGAAAACUCUCGUCGAUCCUCCUGGUUAACUCCUUCUGUAGGUUUUGUGGAUAAGAAAAGAGGGGAAGAAAGAAACCGGCCCUCCCGAUAUAGAAAUUUGGGCUUCCAAGGAAGGAGAAGAAAGAAGUAGAUGGGGAAGACGGGCAGAGACUGGAUGCAGCUAUACGCCACCUAUGGCAUGGAGGAAUGGCAAUCCCUUGUUUUCCUCUUCCUCCAAGCCUCUUUCUUCACCGUCCUGGCCAUCCUUCUGCUGGCCUACUUUGACAUGCUUUGCAUUUCCCUACAUAAUUGGCUCCCCUUCCUGCCCGCCGGGGCGCCGCGCUUCAUUGCCGGAUUCUCCGGCUGCCUGACGGCGCUCCUCGCCGUCUGCCUCUUUGUGGCCGCCGCCAACAUUUGGUACUCCGGUGUAGCGCUCCACUGGGAGAUGGCGCAGAGGAUGGUGUCAAUGGUGCCUGAUUGGUCCGUCGUCAAGUACGCCCUCGACGUGGGGUGCGGCCGGGGGAUUCUUCUCAACGCAGUGGCUCUGCAGCUGAAGAAAGAAGGCAGCUCGGGGAGGGUGGUGGGCCUCGAUCGACGGAAGACGGUCUCGGCGACGCUGCGCACGGCGGCGGUGGAGGGCGUUCAGGAGUACGUGACCUGCCGGAGGGGCGAUGCUCGUUGCCUGCCUUUCUCGGACAAUUACUUCGACGUGGUGGUCUCGUCGGUGUUCCUGCACACGGUGGGGAAGGAGCACGGGCAGAAGUCGGCGGCGGCGGCGGCAGAGAGGAACAAGACCAUCCAGGAGGUAGUGAGGGUGCUGAAACCCGGCGGCAGGGCGGUGCUGUGGGAUCUCGUCUACGUGCCCGAGUAUGCGCAGCGGCUCUAUGAGCUCCGGAUGGAGGACAUAAGAGUCUCGGAAUGCGUCACCGCCUUCAUGAUGAACAGCCACAUCGUCUCCUUCCGGAAGCCCACCCUCCACCCUGACCAGGCGUAAGCUUUGGUCCGAUCUUCUUCCCUCUUUUUCUCUCUCUUUUCUUUUUUAAACGUUUUUGUUGUUCUUACAUCAAAAAUAUGUAACGGAGAUGAAACGGGAGUUUCACAGUCACCGGAGAGGGGAAUGCUGUCCGGGGAAUGUUUUUAGUUUUUACUGUUAAAAAGCAAAGAAGAAAGAAAACCAGUGAUGGAGACGAAAUGAGAGAAUAUCUCCGGAGAGAGGAAUGCUGUCUGGAGAUUGCAAUUUCGAAAUGUUGUCGAAUGUAAAAAAACGUAACGCGUCUGUAAGAAAAAGGAAUCAUAAAGGUCGUAGUUGGAUUUUGAUGUUAAA